GGAAGCGCCGGUAGGCGUUCUCGGACCCGGAUGUUCUGGUCCAGUUCGAUCAUGGAAAGCCCAGAACUGUCCUUCACGCUGGCUUACGUGGUCCUCGCGUUCUGCUUCGUCUUCACCCCGAACGAGUUCCGCGCGGCCGGGCUCACGGUCCAGAACGUGUUUGCGUCAUGGCUCGGGAGCGAGGACGUCGGCUUCAUCCAGUACCACGUAAAGAGGACGAGCGUGACCGCGCUUGUGCACUCAGCACUGCCUCUGGGUUAUUACCUGGGCAUGUGUGUGGCAGCUCCAGAGAAGAACCUGGCGCUCAUCCAUCAGGUGAGCGGCAGCUGGAGGAUCUUCCUGUUGCUCUCUCUGUGCCUGCACUUCCUCAGCUUGGCGUUGGUCAUCUACUGGUCCCGCCGUCACUGGCACAACCACCCCAUCAGCCGGGCGCUGCAGGCCCAUGCGCGUGCCCCCAACUCCAGAUGGGGCGCCAUGGCAAGUAGCAUCAACACAGAGUUCAGGCGGAUAGACAAGUUUGCCACUGGCGUUCCUGGAGCCAGCGUCAUCGUGACGGACAGCUGGGUGUUGAAGGUGACCACCUACCACGUCCAUGUGGCCCUGCAGAGCGAGUGUCAUGUGACCGUGACGCAGUCCAGACGGCACCAACUGAGUCCUGAUUCUGGCUCCCCUGUGGAGAUCCUGACCCUGAGGGUGGACAGCAUCAACCCUGCUGUCAAAGCCUUCACCAUCAGGGUCAACUCCUCUGAUUAUGCAGACUUCAGGGAGAAGCUCCAUGCUCCUAUCAGAGUUUCUCCCAAUGUGGUGAUUCACCAAACUAUAAGUGAGCUCUUCCUGGAGACCUUCAGAGCUCAGGUGGAACUUAACCAGGUCUACAGGCUUCCAGCAGGACAGGAGCUGGAAUCCUGCAUCGGCUGCAUGCAGGUUCCUGCCGGAAUCAAAUUGGUCAGGCUGUGCCAGACUGCAGGACCGGAUCAGGAGGUCGAGUGCCAGCAGUGCUUCUGCAGGCCCAUGUGGUGCCUGAUGUGUUUGGGCCGGUGGUUCGCCAGCCGCCAAGACCAGCAGAGACCCGAGACCUGGCUGUCCAGCAAAGUCCCCUGCCCAACCUGUAGAUCCAAGUUCUGCAUUCUGGACAUUUGUAUGGUCCAUUAAUAGCUGAACCUGUCACUCAGGGGAGUGGAUCGGGCCCGUUCUGAUGAUGGUCCAAGUGACGUGAAUCUGUUUUUGGAGUUUGAGCUUCAACUGCCGCAUUCUGACAAAGACAAUUAGAACUUCCUGACCGCUGUGGUACCACUGUGACUUAGCUUGUACGAUUCUGAUCUUCUCCAUCAGUGAGUUUCUGGACUGACCGACCUGAAGGAACUAAAAUGUUCAGGAACUCUUUGGACUGGAGGUUCCGACCCGAGCAUUGUGAGGAUUCUCCAUCCAGAGUCGUGCAUGUGAGCACAAAGACUGCAAUUGUAAUUUAUGACUUCAGAACCUGACAAUUGGAUCAAGUUCUGAUCCAAACAGGCUGAUUACCCCUUCUCAGACAGGUUCCUUUGUCACGUACAGCUCCAUCAGAACCAGAGCUGCUGCCAUCAGCGCUUAUAAGGCUGUCAGGUUGAUGUGCACUCUGAUGUGUGCACACAGGUUAAGUCCUGUUAUGGAGCGUUACACAUGACACACAUAUGAUUUUAACACUUAAAGCCAAAGCAUCCUUUGGGAAUGACCCCCAUUUCUCUAAACAGUAAUUUCAAAUGAAUAUGAACAUUUGUCUGUCCUAUAGAGGAUUUCUGUGGGAUUUCAGCCUGUCUGAAUGUUUUUCGAGUCAAACUUAAUGAACUUGUGCAUUGCCCAAUCUUCACUGCGUGCAAAAAUAUUUGGCAAGUAAUUAUUUUGAUCAUAAAAUAGUUGCCUUGAAUGUACGAUGCAUGUAAUGCAUAUCUGGUGAUGGGCAUUUAUGUAACGAGGGAGGGCAUGGCCUAAGGAGGUCAACAUCCUAUAUCGAGGUGGGCAGAAUUAUUCUCCUCCUCAGGUAUAAAAUGAGAUUUAACAGAGUCCGUAAAGUAAAAAAGUGUAAAAAAAACCUCUUGCUCUCUUGAAAUAUCUAAGACAUAGGGGUGGGAUCACAGCACCAUCAAUUGUUUUGUUGCAAAUGGUCAAAAAUGGUCACAAAAACAAUGUCGAGAUGAAAAGAUGCAAAUUAACUGCCAAAGAGUAAAUCUUGAAGCUACUAGAAACCCAUUAUCCUCCAGUGCUGCCAGUUUCUACAGCUGCAACUUACCUGGAGUGUCAAGAAGUAUGAGGCGUUAAGUUCUUGUAGAUGUGACCAAAGUAAGAAAGGCUGAAACCCGAACAUCUCUCAACAAGACACACACGUUGAAACGUCAAAAAUCGGCCAAGAAAUAUCUGAAGACUGAUGUUUCAGAGGUUUUGUGGACUGAUGAGAUGAGAGGGACUCUUGAUGGACCAGAGGGAUGGCCUGUGCUUAGAUCAGUAAUGAACACAGAGCUCCAUUUCUACUGAAACGCCAUCCAGGUCGAGGUGGGGUGCUGGUAUGGACAGGUAUUAUUGCAGGUGAGUUAGCUGGACCUUUUUGAGUUAAAAUCAGCCCAAAAUAAACUCUCAGACCUACUCCCAAUUCUUCAAGCAGUGGUAUUUUUCAAAGUCUGCAUCUUUCAAGAAGACAUUCAUUCUUAUGUAAGACAGCGCUCCACCACAUGCAUCAAAGUCCUCCACUGUUGCUGGUAAACAAAGGCCUAGAGAUAGAGAAAAAAUCUCAUGGCAUGGCCCCUUCUGCAGCAACUUAGACCUUAUGGAGAACUUUGGGGCCUUUAGCAGGAACUCUACAGUUCAGGUAAACACUACACCCCUCUGGUCGCACUAAAAGUUGAUUUCAACCUAAAUAAGGAAACUGACUCCAUGAAUGGAAGUCAUUAAAGUUAUAAAAAAGAAAAGUGGCUAUUUUGUUCAAUGAGGUUUUUUUUUAUUAUUUCAGAUAUGCUGAUUUGUAAAUUUUCAGUUUCCUCUCAAUUUAACAGGUGAAAAUAAACAAUUGACAUGGGAAAUCGUGUUUUUUAUUGAGUUGCAUAGUAAUUCUGCACACUAAUAGUUGCCUAAUAAUGAUUUACAUGUAGAUACUCUUUUUAAGAAUUCCACCACUUCACUUUUACAACAAAAAUGAUUCUGUUUUAGGGUUUUUAAACACUUUGAAUUGACCAGGAGUACUGAAGUUGUGUAAUAAUAAAAUAAUCCUCAUCAAA